UUUUUACUCCUAAUUCUGAGGAAAUGAUUGUCUUGAAGGGAAUUGAGAAGGGAGACAUAACAAGUAGUGGUGCAGCUCAGCUUUCAAGAGACGGAUCUGUGGGACAGAACUCAACAGAUUAUACUCAAUCAAGGCGGGCCAAGAUUGGCAGCAAAGAAGAUUUACCAUUAGCUCUUGAUGACUGCAGAGAUGAAAAUGAUACUUCAAAAGGUGGUUAUGCAAAUUAUUCAGAGGGUUCAUCUCUUGAAAAGUUUAAAGGAUACACUGAUAGUAGAUUUAAAACUGAAGUUAGGAAUGAUGGUGGUCCUUAUAGGAAGGUUGAUGAGGUCCCCACCCGUAGGGAAUCAAGCGUGCAGGUAAUGAACUAUUCUGGUCCUGGCACUAUGUGGCGAGCAUCAUCAUUGGGUGAACAGCUACAUGCAGUCUCUCAUGAUUGGAAGGAGAUUCCAGGUGAUGUCCAGUCAAGAAGAUCUGAUAUGAGCUGGUUGCAGCCACAGAAAGAUCCAGUUAACCAGCAAGAAAGUAACAUCACAACUUCAUUUUAUUCCAAAGAUGAAGCAAGUUGGCAAACUAUUGGAGAUCCCAUUAUAAAAAGGCAGCUAUCUGGGGUUGUGGAAAGGGAACUGGAAGCUAGUAAGCUGUCACAGACUGCUCCGGAGGACCUAGUGCUUUUCUACAAAGAUACUCGAGGUGAAAUUCAAGGCCCUUUUUCUGGUAUUGAUGUAAUAGGAUGGUUUGAGGCUGGAUAUUUUGGGAUAGAUUUGGAAGUUCAGCUUGCUAAUGCACCCAAGGACUCACCAUUUGUUUCACUUGAUGAUGUUAUGCCCCACUUGCGAGCUAAAGCUUGACCACCUCCUGGAUUUGGCAAUUUAAAACAGAGUGAACACACGGAUGCAUCAAGCAGGUCAAAUUUUAGUAGCUUUGGGAAGGUGCAUGCUGGUGCAAGUGAAAUUGAUAUGAUAAAAAAUGAACAAAGGUUUAACCAUGGUUCAACAACAGAAGCAGAAAAUAGGUUCUUUGAGUCUCUGACGUCUGGCGCGAUGGGCAACCCACCUCAAGGUUUCUUUUGUAUUCUUUUUUAACUUAAUUUUUAAUACAAUUAGUCAGUUCGC